UGCACCUGGAAACAGUAUCGCAUACCUUGCACGUGAGUCAAUUAAUUGCAUGCUAUAAUAAUUAACAGCGUAUCUCUGAUUUUAAAGCUAGCUGUCCAUCUAACGUUUUCAAUGUUUCUAUUCGAUUUGAAAGUGGGAGUCCCAGGUUACCGUAUCAGUCAAAUGAUCGCAAAUGGAGGAAAAAUUUUGGAUGCGUAUGGACUCGUAAACGUCGUUUCACCUGGUGGACUCCCUAUACGUGGAGUUGUCGGCAUCGCCCCUGAUCCGAUAAUGUAUGUCGCGAUAAACUGCCAGGACGUUAAGGAAAGCAAAGAAUUUUAUGAAAAGCUUGGCUUUGUAGAACAAGAGGUACCUUAUUCGCGGCCUUCGAAGGGAACGACUAUGUUUGAACCCGCACCCCCGAAAAAUUCUGUGUACAUGUCGCCAUCUCCAAAUUGUAUGGGAGUUCUUCUUCUACAAGGGAAGAAGAAAAAGGCAAUCGUACCAAAUCCAGUCAUUGAUUCGCUGAACAUUGUUUACAAUCCGUCAACAGAAGAAGAAUCUGGCCAGGAGCUGGUAUUGACAGAUCCCUCUGGAAUACCAAUCAGAUUUCAGUCUGCUGCUACCUUCACUAAGACGGAGAAGUUGACACGAUAAUUCCUUUCACUAAUAACUUUCGCUAACCACG